ACAGGGUCUCUGUAUUAUCUCGCGCUGUGGUUGGCGCUGUCCUCGUGCCAACGCGUGGACUCCGCCAACAAACACCCCACGGUGACCACCAACUACGGCAAGCUGAGAGGGAUCAAAAAGGAGCUCAACAACGAGAUCUUGGGCCCCGUGGAGCAGUACCUGGGGGUGCCUUACGCCACGGCGCCCAUCGGAGACCGUCGGUUCCAGCCCCCCGAGGCGCCGGGCUCCUGGCAGGAGGUGCGGAACGCCACGCAGUUUGCCCCCGUGUGCCCGCAAAACGUCCACGGUGUUCUGCCCGAGAUCAUGCUGCCCGUUUGGUUCACAGACAGCUUGGAUGUGGCAGCCACUUACAUCCAGAACCAGAGCGAAGACUGCCUCUACCUGAACAUCUACGUUCCCACAGAGGACGACAUCCGUGACCGUAGGAAGAAGCCGGUGAUGCUCUUUAUCCACGGGGGCUCCUACAUGGAAGGGACCGGAAACAUGUUCGACGCCAGCGUCCUCGCAGCCUACGGCAACGUCAUCGUGGUCACAAUGAACUACCGACUGGGCGUGCUCGGUUUUCUGAGUACAGGAGAUCAGUCUGCUAAGGGGAAUUAUGGAUUGUUAGAUCAGAUCCAGGCCUUGCGUUGGCUCAAUGAGAAUAUUGGCCAUUUCGGGGGUGACCCAGAACGCAUCACCAUAUUUGGCUCGGGGGCGGGAGCUUCCUGUGUCAACCUGCUCAUUCUGUCCCAUCACUCUGAAGGCCUGUUCCAGCGAGCCAUUGCUCAGAGCGGCUCAGCCAUCUCCAGCUGGUCCAUAAACUACCAGCCGUUAAAAUACACCAAGGUCCUCGCUCGCAAGGUGGGCUGCACCUAUGGGGAGACCGCUGACCUGGUGGACUGCCUACGCCGCAAGAGUUUCCGCGAGCUGGUGGACCAGGACAUCCAGCCCGCGCGCUACCACAUCGCUUUCGGCCCCGUGGUGGACGGGGACGUGGUACCGGAUGACCCGGAGAUCCUCAUGCAACAGGGGGAGUUCCUGAAUUAUGACCUGUUGAUUGGCGUGAACCAGGGAGAGGGGCUGAAAUUUGUGGACGAUGGAGGCUCAGAGAGUGAGGAGGGGAUCUCUGCAGCAGCAUUCGAUUACACCAUAUCCAAUUUUGUGGACAACCUUUAUGGUUACCCUGAAGGUAAAGACAUUCUGAGGGAGACCAUUAAGUUCAUGUACACAGACUGGGCUGACCGGGAUAACGGCGAGAUGAGGAGGAAGACCUUGCUUGCACUAUUCACCGACCACCAGUGGGUGGCACCAGCGGUUGCUACUGCCAAGCUGCACGCCGAGUAUCAGUCCCCAGUUUACUUCUACACCUUUUACCACCACUGCCAGACAGAGACUCGGCCCGAGUGGGCGGACGCGGCCCACGGAGACGAGAUCCCUUAUGUUUUCGGUGUGCCCAUGAUCGGUGCCACAGACCUGUUCCCCUGCAACUUCUCCAAGAAUGAUGUCAUGCUUAGUGCUGUGGUGAUGACUUACUGGACCAACUUUGCUAAAACCGGGGAUCCCAACCUGCCGGUUCCCCAGGACACCAAGUUCAUCCACACUAAGCCCAACCGCUUCGAGGAGGUCAUUUGGACCAAGUUCAACUCCAAAGACAAGCAGUACCUCCACAUCGGCCUAAAGCCUCGAAUUCGUGACAACUACCGAGCCAAUAAGGUGGCCUUCUGGCUAGAGCUGGUUCCUCAUCUACACAACCUCCACGAAGAGCUGCUGAGCUCCACCACUACCCGCCUGCCCCCCGGGACAGCCCGGACGCCGCACUGGAAAGGCCAGGGACCCCGCACCACCCGGCACCCCUUCCCCACCUUUCCCCCGGAACCCGAUCCCGACGCCUCGGAACGCCCUCGUUUUUCGCCCUUCCCCGGCGACACGAGGGACUACUCCACGGAGCUGAGCGUGACGGUCGCCGUUGGCGCCUCGCUGCUCUUCCUCAACAUCCUGGCCUUCGCCGCUCUCUACUACAAGCGGGACAAACGUCACGAGAUGAGGAGGCACCGGCUGUCCCCUCAACGCGGCGUCCCGGCCAAUGACCUGGCGCACAGUCAGGAGGAAGAGAUCAUGUCCCUGCAGAUGAAGCACUCGGAACACGACGCUCAUCACGACCUGGAGCCGCUACGACCGCACGACAUCCUCCGGCCCGCCUGCCCGCCCGACUACACGCUGGCCCUGCGGAGAGCGCCGGACGACGUCCCCCUCAUGACGCCCAACACCAUCACCAUGAUCCCCAGCACCAUCACUGGCAUGCAGCCUCUCCAUGCCUUCAACACCUUCCCGGCCACGGGCCACAACAACACCCUGCCACAUCCGCACUCCACCACCCGUGUAUAG